UGAGAGCGGCGGUUGUUGCAGGGCCGGGAGGCGGCGUUGCCACAGCAGCGGCGGUCGGAGCGGAGCCGGAGCCGCAGCCCGAGCCAGAGCCAGCGGUCGGGGCGCGCCAUGGAGGGGCUGGAAGGUGAGGUUGCAGUGCAAACUGGAGAUCUGCUGCCAUGUAAGAUUUGUGGAAGGACUUUCUUUCCAGCAGCACUGAAAAAGCAUGGACCCAUUUGCCAAAAAACUUCUGCCAAGAAAAGGAAGACAUUCGAUUCCAGCCGACAGAGAGCAGAAGGAACUGACAUUCCCACAGUAAAACCUCUUAAGCCACGGCCAGAACCACCCAAAAAACCUUCCAACUGGCGACGAAAGCAUGAAGAAUUUAUAGCAACUAUAAGAGCAGCCAAAGGACUUAAUCUUAAAGAUGGUGGAAAACUCCCUCCACCACCUCCACCAUCAUAUGACCCUGAUUACAUUCAGUGUCCAUAUUGUCAGAGGAGAUUUAAUGAAAAUGCAGCUGACAGACACAUCAAUUUCUGUAAGGAGCAAGCUGCACGUAUUACUAAUAAGGGGAAAUUGGCAGCUGAUACCAAAGGGAAGCUUCCUACUCGAACACAGUACAAACCUGCUGCUGUUAAGAAGAUGCCUUCUGUAGGAUCAACACCAUCACCAUCGUCACGCUUACCACAGCCGAGUGGCAUUAGCAAAACUGUUGUAGGUUCCUCUUCAAGUAAAGCACUGCCUUCAUCUGGAUCCAGUGGAAGUAAAAUUCAGACGUUAUCACCAGCUCAUAAAAACUCACUGGGAAUGGUGAACCCACAGGCAGGUAUGGUGGACAAGUUAGGCUCACCACUGCGAACUGGAAGAGAUGUGCAAAGGUUUUAUGAUGCUGGUACAAAACCAGACAGUAACAAGAAAAGAUCAAAUGAGUUCUUGCCAAUAAAGGAAGGCACAGCAAAAGCCCGGACAUCAACUCCUCCUAGUGUGGCAAGAACCAUGAGCACGGGUGCUUUACCAAACAAAAGAAAAACUAGCAAUUCAGACACUUACUUAAGGUCUGACGGUAAAAUUGGGUGUGACAGUGGAGACUGUGCAUCCUCAGUCAAUGGAGGAAGUUCAAAAAGCAGCGAAAGAAUUUCACCUGUACACUUAUCAAAGUUCUGCCAUGAAUGUGGAACAAGGUAUCCAGUGGAGUGGGCAAAGUUUUGCUGUGAGUGUGGAAUUCGAAGAAUGGUUGUGUGAACCUAUCCUUAAAAGCAAAAAGAAAAUGAGAAAUUGGAAGUAUCUGCUAUGUACUGUUGCAUGGAAAGCUAGAGCACUCCAGCCAGUUUGACUUCAUGCUGCAAACAUGUCUAAACAUCAUUUUGUAAUUUUCUGAGUGCAAUCUUCUGGUUACACAGUUAUUUAUAAAUGAAUAUAUAUACUGUAUAUAAAAAUAGUAGCUACUAAGACUGUGCCAUUCAAGGAAAUACUCUUUACUCUCUGUUGAAAAUCUUUAAAAUUAAGGUAAAAAUGUGUUAAGUAAUCUAGGUAGCAGAAGUGGUUCAAUGUUAUUUUUUUUUGUAAAGCCAACUAGACGAAGGAUUUUUAUAAAUCACAUAUGCAGGGUAAUACUUACCCAUAGGGAACUAGCCAUGAAGAACUUGGGUUUCAGAGGUUUCUCUGUGGAGGUAUUUCCUUCAUUGAUGACAGUAACUUAGAUGCUGUGUUCUAAGUGAAAACAACAUGAGCGACUCCUUAUAAAUUCCCAGUUAAUAGUGUAAAAAAUCUGGAUCUUCAAACUCUCUAACAGUAAUAUCCUAAUUGGACUUUCCAGUUACUUCCUAGGACUUUUUAAAGAAACAAAGUGAAAAGACUACCUGAGAAUUUUCUUUGCAUGUAAGAAGAAAGGCAAGAUUUGGCUUUUCCUGUUCUGUUUUUCAAGAAGAACAUGUUAAUAUUUUUAUCUAUUUAUAAGGGCAAAUAUCUUCAUUUUAUUAAGUUCCUUUUGUUCAGAAAUACUUGUCUUCCUCCUCCUGUGCUCCACUACGACUGGCAUAUCUAAAAGUGUCGUGCUUCGUGUCUUUGUCUUGUUUCCAAAGGUCCUGCUCAUUUUUCUUCUCUUCCCUCAUUUCCUGAAGGAAAGAUGAAGUCUAUGUUUAUCCUCCUAAAUGUUGAACUGUUAUUUUGAAAACAGCCUUCUUGAUGUAUCCAAUACCAAAAAAAAAUAGUUCCAUAAAAAUGUAUGUUAUUAUAGCAGUAAAACUUGAUGUAAAUAGUGACUAUUUUUAUUCUUAUUCCUGUGAAAAUAGCACAGCUUACAUAUGAGUGCAUAGUGGAGUAGCUGUGCUUCAUAGCUUUAUGUGUCAAUACCUGACAUGGGUUUUACUGCAAUUUUGUGUAUUCUUGGGCUCGGAACAGCAGCCUCUUGAAAUUAGUAACAGACUUCACAUUAAUUCUUGUGGAAGAAGGGUCAGACCUUGAAAGUUCUUGGGUUCACAAGCCGAAUCAUUUACCUUGUAUCUUAAUGUAGUAAUUUGUUUUGUGAAGUUUUGCUUUGAAGUACUUGCACCAUCUUCAUAAUGCGUAAAAGAACAAUCUGAAACAACUCAACUGUGCCUUUCCUGCAGUAAAUACACUCUU